AUGUUUUCUCCAAGAAGCAAGAUACUGCUCAUUGCAAGUUAUAUCUCAUUGACGGGCCUUUUAUACGGUCUCGACACAGGUUCGAUCGGUGUCAUCAGUCAAAUGGAGCAGUUCAGUGCAUCCAUCGGCGAUCUAUCAUCUAUGCAACAAGGGGUUUAUGUGGCCUGCAUUCUGCUCUCUUCGUCGAUCUCCUCUUUGGCAAGUGGCGACAUCUCUGACCGCAUCUCUCGCAAAUAUGGAAUUUUCAUCGGUGGUAUUCUAUUCUUGAUUGGUACGGUCGUUUCAGCCGUUUCACCCAACUUCGCCUCUCUCAUUAUCGCUCGUUUGAUAACAGGGUUGGGAAUGGGUCAGACGAUUUCGAUGGCUACAGUAUACUUGGUUGAGAUUGCCACGGCGGAUAUCCGUGGAGUCACUGCUUGUCUAUUACAGCUUUUUGUGGUAACUGGAGUCAUGACCGGGUACUUUAUCGCCUAUGGAACGCACAGCCUCUCUGGCAGUCUCGCCUGGAGGACGCCGUUUAUUGUGCAAGCCGCUAUGGCAGCCAUAUUUUGCGCUGGAGUGCUGUUCAUACCCUUUUCACCGAGGUGGCUGGUCCAAGCCGGUCGAAGCGACGACGCGAAAAGGGUGUUAUUGCAGUUGCGGAUACCACCUGCCGUGGACGUCGAGCUGGAAGAGAUUCAGAAGAGUUUACAAACCGGGGAUCAAAAUGCCGUCUCCAGUUGGAGAGAAAUCGUCCACCGCAAGUAUAUUAGCCGAACAGCUCUGGGUGUUUUUCUGAUGUCUUUCCAACAAUUAACUGGGAUUGACGUCGUCUUAUACUACGCUCCGAUCAUGUUCCAACAAGCCGGCUUCACCUCGGAGAAGGCAUCCUUCCUCUCCUCCGGGGUAUCUGGUAUCGUGAUGCUGGUGUGUACAAUUCCAGCUCAGAUCUGGAUCGACCGAUGGGGUCGCCGCAGACCACUUAUCUUAGGGGGCUUAAUCUGCUCAUUCUCCUUCAUUGUAAUCGGAUCACUGUAUGCCAAGUACGGGGAAACUACCGGGGGUUCGGCAAGGAUGACUUCCAAGGCUGCACAAUGGGUAGUAAUUGUGCUGAUCUACACAUUUAUAGCCAACUUUUCUUGGUCUUGGGCAGUGGUUGGUAAAAUAUACGCCUCGGAAAUCAUCCCGACCAGGCUGAGGGCCAAGGUAUGUGCUGUGGAACUUCUAGCUAAUUGGAUUGUUAAUUUCAUUGUCACUCUUACUGCACCAUUGUUCCUACGAUCUUCUCCAAGUGGACCGUAUUUCCUAUAUGGGUUCUCCACAGUCGUGGCUGUGGUCGUGUGCUACCUCAUGCCAGAGACAAAGGGAAAGAGCCUUGAACACAUUGAGACUAUGUUUGAUAGAAAGAGUGAUGAGCGAUCACACGCUGAGCUGCAAGACAGACAAGAGGCAAGAAGCUGA